CUUUUCUUUCUUCAUCAUCUUCAUCGAGAGAGAGGAUUUUUCGAACACUGAAUCAGCUAUGGCGGCUCUACAGUACUUGGAAUCGUUACGCAAUGAUCAUCCAGAGCUUUCUGAUUGGUACACCACGCUUGCAGAUCUGUACCAACGCAAGCUCUGGCAUCAGCUCUCUCUCAAGCUCGAACAGUUCGUUGCUCUCGCUGUUUUUCAGGCUGGUGACACGUUGAUACAGCUAUAUCACAAUUUCAUCACUGAUUUUGAGACAAAGAUCAAUCUUCUGAAGCUUGCACAUUUCGCUGUAAUCGUCUCUCGGCAAUAUUCGGAGAAAGAUGCUGCAAUAGGUUAUCUGGAAGGAGUGGCAGAGAAACUCCAAAAUACUAAAGAGACACGGAUAGAGGAGCCAAUACUUUAUAUUAAGUUGCAGAUUGCCCUAUUUAAGCUUGAACAAGGGGAUCAAAAAGAGUGCAAGAAGCUUUUAGAACAGGGGAAUGCUACACUUGACAGCAUGACCGAUGUUGACCCCUCUGUGUAUGCCAGUUACUAUUGGGUUUCAUCUCAGUAUCAUAAAACACGGCAGGAGUUUGCAGAGUUUUACAAAAGUGCCCUCCUCUAUCUUGCAUACAUUUCAGUGGAUUCUCUUUCGGAGUCAUUCAAGCUGGAUUUGGCAUUUGAUUUGUCCUUGUCAGCAUUACUGGGAGACAACGUAUACAAUUUUGGGGAGCUGCUUGCUCAUCCUAUAAUAAAGAGUUUGGUAGGGACACAAGUCGAAUGGCUAUAUCAUAUCCUUGAAGCAUUCAACACUGGUGAUUUAGUUCGUUAUCAGGAAUUGUGCCGUGUCCAUCAAGCUGCUUUAAGUGCUCAACCAGCAUUGUUGCAGAACGAGAAAAAGCUUCUUGAGAAGAUCAACAUUCUAUGCUUGAUGGAAAUCAUCUUCAGUCGCCCAGCAGAGGAUAGAACUAUUCCAUUGAGUGCCAUUGCAGAGCGCACUAAACUUAGCGUGGAAGAUGUAGAGCAUCUCUUAAUGAAGAGUCUCUCUGUACAUCUGAUAGAGGGAAUAAUCGAUCAAGUGGAAGGGACUGUUCACGUGUCCUGGGUUCAACCAAGAGUUUUGGGUAUUCCUCAGAUCAAGUCAUUGCGGGAUCGGCUAGAUAAUUGGGUGGAUAAAGUACACACUGCAUUGUUAUCCGUGGAAGCUGAAACUCCUGAUUUGGUUUCAUCGUAAUCUUUAGUUUCCCAGUUUGCACUUCCUGGUCCCUGCAACACUCCGAUUUCUUCGUCCUCUCUUUUUUGCUGUCCUUAUUAGAGCUUGUAACACAACAGAGGAAGUAGGGAGACAUUUGUUUAGUUUCUCAUGCCUACACUCUAUGCUGUGGCUUUUAUCCCAAAUCAUUGAUCUGUCACUGUUUUCUGGAUUUAGGUGCUUGUUCUCGAAUGUCAUCACUUUCUACAAUAGCGAUGACAUCGCCUUAGACGUUUUUAUGCAGAGUACACUUGAUUGGGAAUAUGGAAGUAACAUAUAUUAUUUGA